GGAGGAGGAUUCUAAAAACCACCUCGCCCGUCCCGAAGCCCUCAUCCUCCUCCUCCUCCUCCUGCCACGUACCCCUCCCCCAAUUCUUGACCAAGAAAAAGGAGCCUGGGGAGUGCGCUGCGCCUCUCUGCGCGCGGGGAGCGGGAGGCCGGCACUUUUGCUUAGUGGGGCCGCAGGCAGGAGUACCAUUAAGAGGUACCCGCUGCAGCCCUUGGAGGAUUGAAGUGGUCCAGAGGAGUUCGCCCAGAUUGCUGUCCUGCCCAGCCGGGCUCGGACCGCCUGCGUCCCCUGAAGAGCAAACAUUGUCGGGGAUUAUUAUGCCGACUUUCCAAGGAGCGAGGUUCUCGGCUUGGAGCAGGAGAAAAGGCUGGCUCCUUACGGGUCCGACCAGCAUUUGAUACCUAAAGAUCCUCAGGAUUGUCCACAUUGUCUUCGAUCGGCAACGUUCUUAUACCUGUGACUCCGAGUUGUUUUUCGUGUUUUUUUUUUCCAAAGAAAAUACUUUGUUUGCCGCCCUGGUCUUUCCCUACAAUUAAUAUAUUUCCCGCUGGUACAGAUUUCAGCCUCUUCCUUCAAAAUAUGCUCUCCGUUUUCACCAAGUAUGAUUUCUAGUUGAAAGUUUCUUUAUAUUUUCCCCCCCGUGUUGGAUGAUUCUGUGGAGUUUACGGUGUAAGAAGAAAGGGAGAACGAGACACAAUGAAAGAAAAGUCCAAAAAUGCUGCUCGGACUAGGAGGGAGAAAGAAAAUAGUGAGUUUUAUGAACUGGCUAAAUUAUUGCCUCUGCCCUCGGCUAUCACCUCUCAGCUGGACAAAGCAUCCAUAAUCAGACUCACCACCAGCUAUCUCAAAAUGAGGGUGGUAUUCCCGGAAGGGCUCGGUGAGGCGUGGGGUCACUCCAGUCGGACUAGUCCCCUGGACAACGUUGGCCGAGAACUGGGUUCCCAUCUACUCCAGACCCUGGAUGGCUUCAUCUUUGUGGUGGCUCCUGAUGGGAAGAUCAUGUACAUCUCAGAGACAGCCUCGGUUCACCUGGGUCUUUCUCAGGUAGAGCUGACUGGAAACAGCAUUUAUGAAUACAUCCACCCUGCCGACCACGACGAGAUGACGGCUGUGCUCACUGCCCAUCAGCCCUACCAUUCCCACUUCGUACAGGAGUAUGAGAUCGAGCGCUCCUUCUUCCUCAGGAUGAAGUGCGUCUUAGCCAAGCGCAACGCUGGCCUCACCUGCGGGGGCUACAAGGUCAUUCACUGUAGCGGCUACCUGAAGAUCCGCCAGUAUAGCCUGGACAUGUCCCCUUUCGAUGGCUGCUACCAGAAUGUGGGCCUGGUGGCCGUGGGCCACUCACUGCCUCCGAGCGCCGUCACCGAGAUCAAACUACACAGCAACAUGUUCAUGUUCCGCGCCAGCCUGGACAUGAAGCUCAUCUUCCUGGACUCCAGGGUGGCAGAGCUGACAGGCUACGAACCUCAGGAUCUGAUUGAGAAGACCUUGUACCACCACGUGCAUGGCUGCGACACCUUCCACUUACGCUGCGCGCACCACCUGUUGCUGGUGAAGGGCCAGGUGACCACCAAGUACUACAGGUUCCUGGCGAAGCACGGGGGCUGGGUGUGGGUGCAGAGCUACGCCACCAUCGUGCACAACAGCCGCUCGUCCAGGCCGCACUGCAUCGUCAGCGUCAACUACGUCCUCACAGACACAGAAUACAAAGGGCUGCAGCUCUCUCUGGAUCAGAUCUCAGCCUCCAAACCAGCCUUCUCCUAUGCCAGCAGCGCCACACCCACCAUGGCUGACAGCAGGAAGGGGACUAAGGCAAGGCUCUCCAGCUCCAAGUCAAAAUCCAGGACAUCUCCAUACCCUCAGUACUCGGGCUUUCACACGGAGCGAUCAGAGUCGGAUCACGACAGCCAGUGGGGCGGGAGCCCCCUGACCGACACGGCGUCCCCGCAGCUGCUGGACCCCGCGGAGCGCGCUGGGUCCCAGCACGACGCGUCGUGCGCCUACCGGCAGUUCUCGGAGCGCAGCUCGCUCUGCUACGGCUUCGCGCUCGACCACUCCCGGCUGGUGGAGGACCGGCACUUCCACACCCAGGCCUGCGAGGGGGGCCGCUGCGAGGCCGGCAGGUACUUCCUGGGGACGCCGCAGGCCGGGAGGGAGCCCUGGUGGGGCUCCCGGGCAGCCCUGCCCCUGACCAAGGCCUCCCCGGAAAGCCGAGAAGCCUACGAGAACAGCAUGCCGCACAUCGCCUCGGUGCACAGGAUCCAGGGACGAGGUCAUUGGGAUGAAGAUAGUGUGGUUAGUUCCCCAGACCCAGGGUCAGCCAGUGAAUCUGGUGAGAGAUACCGCACGGAGCAGUAUCAAAGCAGCCCACAGGAACCAAGCAAAAUUGAAACUCUGAUCAGAGCUACCCAACAAAUGAUUAAAGAAGAAGAGAACAGAUUGCAGCUCCGAAAAGUUCCCCCAGACCAACUGGCUUCCAUAAACGGAGCUGGGAAAAAACACUCUCUCUGUUUUGCAAACUACCCACAGCCCCCAACAACAGGUGAAGUCUGCCAUAGCUCCACCCUUGCCAGCACGUCACCCUGCGACCACAUCCAGCAGAGAGAGGGAAAGAUGCUGAGUCCCCAUGAAAAUGACUAUGACAACAGUCCCACCGCACUGUCUCGGAUAAGUAGCCCCAAUUCCGAUCGUAUUUCAAAAUCCAGUUUGAUCCUAGCUAAAGACUAUCUGCAUGCAGAUAUGUCUCCUCAUCAGACAGGAGGAGACCAUUCUGCUGUCUCUCCAAACUGCUUUGGCUCCCACCGGCAGUAUUUCGAUAAGCAUGCUUACACAUUAACUGGAUAUGCCCUGGAGCACUUAUAUGACAGUGAAACCAUCAGAAACUAUUCGUUGGGCUGUAAUGGCUCCCACUUUGAUGUAACUUCCCAUCUGAGGAUGCAGCCAGACCCAGCACAAGGACACAAAGGAACAUCUGUUAUAAUAACCAAUGGAAGCUGAUGUUUUUCUAAAAUGUUUUGUUCUUCAAGGGUCUCUGAAACAUAUUUAUAGUUUAAUGUCCCAUUACCAGCACUUACUACACCACAGAUUGUCAAGAGAGGGUAAUUUAAGUUCCUGGGUAUAUGACAUGUGUUCCCAUGAAAUCAAAGAAGAAAACAUAGCACUAACAUUCUGGGUUAUAUACAGAUAAUGGAGAUAAAGUGACUACAUAAAUAGCCCAUCCAAUUAUAUGGGAACUAAAAUCGAUACGUAUUUGAAUUGAAAAAUACUCAUGUAAAUCAAGGAAGCAUAUAUGCCACAUGGAAGGGAUGAAGAAUGGCAAUGUUGUAUUGUAAUGAUCCAUUAAAUUCCUACAGACAGAUUACUCACUCUUCACAAAUGCUAUGUGCACUUUACACGCAGAAAUAGAGAAUAUAUGCCAGAAACACACCUAACCAUGCAGAAAUAGAGAACAUAUAUGAUAAACACACCAGACCAGGGCACCUUUCCCUAACUCUACUAUAUGAAGCUUCUUAAACAAAAUGUCCCUGCUCAAAAUAACUAAGGAAGAAAGAGAUACAUCUCAUAAAUUGAUUUCUUCUUUGUGGUUUCAAACCAGUCAUCUCAUUUGGUUCAGGCAUAAAUUAAAGAAAUGGUCUGGCUGUGGCACAAGAAUGUGCUUUCACCUGCAAUCCAGUAUAAACAAUCAGAAAGUGGUGUGUUUUCACCUUACUUUUUGAGAUAGACAAGGGCCAGAAUUGCACUGUCAUAGGAGUAAGGGGUUUUCUAAGUAGCAGCAUUGAGAUGGUAGGAAACACAUCUGAAGUGUGGUGUGCUCAGCAGAAAGUAGUUUAAUGAAGAUGGCAAGGCCAGGGUCAGAGAAGGACAAAAUGCUAUCUCGAAACAAUUGAUGGCUCAGAAUUAAGUAAGCAACAUGUUUGGGGGCUUGCUGAUAAACCAACCAAGUAGAAAAUUCAAACCAAAUUCCCUAAGAAAUUAAAAAAGGCUGCUAAGUGUAGAAUUAAUGAAGGCAAACCUGUGAAGUGUGUGAUAUGACAGCUGGGCAAGAGUUUGAAAACAUUUCAAAGCACAGAUGUGCCGUAGUGAGGGAGAGGGGCUAAGAUAAAAGCAGAUAAGCAAGUGGUUAAGGGGGUGAGAGGAGUACUCUGAUGGAAAUAAUAAGCAGGGUUUCUUUAUUGUUUGUUAACAAUGAAAACAAAAAAAUUUGCUUUUUAUAUGUGUGCUAUAUAGCAGAAAGACUAAUGAAACUACAUGCCAAGAUCUCUGGGUUCUGGUUCUGGUUCUGACUCUGCCUGUGAAUGAUUCUUGUGAUCUCAGAUGGGUCACAUGGCAUGUCUGGGUCACAGAUCUCUGUGCUGAAAGGCAGAUCUAAUGGUCAACGGCUCUGUGGUUCAUUGGUGCAGCAGAAUCGGAGUGGGGAGCUACUUAACUCUGCACUGAGUUGUCAAGACCAGUUGUCCUGGUUUUGCCAGGACAUGCAAAGAUCUUCAUGGUUUGUAGCUUAAGCAGGUACUUGGGCUCUUUUAGGAAGGUAUAGUAACAGUUAAACUUCUCUUAGAAUCAAACAAAGUGUAGAUGCUAGAAAUUCAUAAGGGGAAGGGAGAAUAGAAUUCAUUUAAUGCACUAUUCUCUAGUAAUCAAAGUGAAGUGACACAAUUGAUCAGAGAAGCCUCAUAGAAAAUAUUUUGUAGGAGUCUCAUGUCUGAAACUUUUGCCAUAUUCAAGGAGGGGAAUGUACUAGAAGAACAUGACUUACCAUUUUGAAAACAGAACAUGACAUUGGACACUCAGGGAUUAAUACUAUAUUUUCCUCGUUUAAUACAAUUAUUUGGAAGUCUAGAUUGUUGAUAAUCUGUAUGAUAUAAUUUGAGAGUUGAAUACGGGGUUUUUGUACAGGAGAAAAGAUGUUACAUAUAAUUAAUCAUUUGUGUAACAGCAACAUUUGUCAAUAUAAAUGCUAAAAAGAAAUAAGAAAGGGAGUAAUCAUAUCUACAUUAAAAAUGUUUCAAAUACAAUAAAAGUCAAUUUUGAGUUAAUUUCUAAACAAAGACUAGUAAGUACUUUUAAGACAACUAUUUGUA